AUGAGUUUCCACAGCCUCAUCCGGCCCCGCGUCGCCGGCCCCGCGAUAGCCGCCGCAAGACGGUCGUAUGCCUCAGUGCAGGUCGUCAGCCCCCUGGCCUACGACCUGCACGAGCCGGCGAAGCCCAGGACGGACAAGCAGAACGAGCCCAUUCUGUUCCUCCACGGUUUGUUCGGCUCCAAGAAGAAUAACAGGGCCAUCAGCAAAGCCCUGGCAAGAGACCUGGGCAGAUAUGUCUACGCUUUGGACUUGAGAAAUCAUGGCGAGUCACCACAUGAUAAACGCCAUGACUAUACGGCAAUGGCCGAGGACGUGGCACAUUUCAUCCGGGAGAAUGGCCUCAAAGAGUCUUCCAUCAUUGGUCAUUCCAUGGGUGCAAAGACAGCCAUGACGCUCGCAUUGGGCUCUCCCGACCUCGUCGCCAACAUCGCAUCCGUCGACAACGCCCCGUCCGACAAGAGUCUCGGAAAGGGCUUCGCCGACUACGUCCGGGGCAUGAAGCAGAUCGAUGCCUCCAACUGCAAACGGCAAGCCGAGGCCGAUGAGAUUCUCAAGCAGUACGAGGAGUCCAUCACCAUCCGCCAAUUCCUUCUGGGCAACCUCUACCGCCCCCCAGGCGAGGACGUCACCAAGUUCCGUGUCCCGCUGGACGUGCUCGGCCGCUCCCUCGACAACCUGGGCGACUUCCCCUACAAGGACCCGAACCAAAUCCGCUUCGGGAAGCCUGCACUCUUCGUCCGCGGGACCAAGAGCAAGUACGUCCCGGACGAGGUCCUGCCUCUGAUAGGCCAGUUCUUCCCGCGAUUUCGGUUGGUCGACAUCGACGCGGGCCAUUGGCUCAUCUCUGAGCAACCCGAGGCGUUUAGACAAGCCAUCGUCGAGUUUCUCUCGCCACAGGAAUAA